AUGGAAGAAACACGCAGUGACUCGCCCGGAGAUACGAACCGUCAAGAACACAAUUCGAAAACUUCUUUUUUAAUCGAAGAUAUACUGUAUCGUGGGCAAAGGACGUUCAAGCAACCGGAUCCAAGGAGGUUUGAUUACGAACGGGAACCGAAAUAUUUUCCCGUAGCCAACGAUGUUCGGCCAGUGCCCAGGGAAGGAUCUUACUUGCAAGUGGCUAUGGGGGCCUUAGGAGCCUAUCUGCACACACCGAACACAUACAAAGCUGUCGAAACUCCGUAUUUCCUGUCUCAAGGAGUGCCCUACCACGCCCUCUUCACACCGUCGGAGCUUUCACUCUCUGCGUUGAAGCAUUGCCGUCGAAGGAAAGCGAGGACCGUCUUCUCAGAUCCACAACUAACAGGUCUAGAGAAGCGAUUCGAAACCCAACGAUACUUGUCAACACCAGAGAGGGUGGAGUUAGCCGGUGCCCUCAACCUCUCGGAAACGCAGGUGAAGACCUGGUUCCAGAACAGACGGAUGAAGCACAAAAAGCAAAUGAGGAAACAGCAACAACAGAGAAGUUCGACUGCAGUGGAUUUCACAACAAAACAUCCUUCACAAGCUGGGGACGACUCACGAAUAUCGACCACCCAUACAUCCGACUCCGAAACGGAUCACAGUGACAGCGACAUCGACAUCGUAGGCGAGUCGAGCUACGCACAACACUAUACUGGAUCGUAA